ACAAAUACAAAUUAAAAAAUGUUCUAUAUAACUUCAAGAUAAAGGAUUUGAAGCAGAACCAAUUAGAGUUCUUUUAAACUCGCUACACAUAUCAUACAUCCCGUCUAUUACGCAGUUUGCUAUGACUCUUCCUGAGUAAUCGACAUUAUCAAAUAUAUACAAAGCAUAUUAUGUGACCUGGUCAUAUAUGAUUUUAGUACAAAGUGCAGUUUUUUAUAUAAUUAGUAACAUUAUCCAUUUAAAUUGAUGCCUAUAUUUUGCGUUGGCUAAUAAAUAAUUUAUUAAUUUUUAGUGGCCUGCUCUCUUGGAGGUAAAGCUGAACCAAUUAGAGAUAGCAGCAGUGAGUCGUCUUUGACUGACAAUGAAAAAGAUAGCAGCAGUGAGUCAUCUGACGAAGAACGUGGAGGCGUCGUUGCGGAAAACAUUCCAGAAGGAAGAGGAUCAAGUUAUCAGGCUAGCAAUCGUAUCAUGACUGAUAAGCAUGGACAAACAUCAGUUAAAUACGACGAGGAAGGCGAGAGAAUGGAAAUUGAUUAUGUCGAUGACGAAGAUCAUCCAUUCAUGACCCCGGGCGAAGAAGAUAAUGAUGAUACUUCGCAUGAUAAUCGUCAGCAACCUCGAGGUCCCGAACGUGAAGGACCGCAGGUUGAAGAACCACAUCGCGACGAACAAGAAAAUAAAGAAGAAGAUGAAGGUACUGUCGUCACUGUGGUUCGAGAUGACGACGACGAACAUCAAAGAAAGGCGUUCAAGUCCAGGGAAGAGGAAAAAAAGAAGUAAUGAACGAUUGAAUGAAUUUUCAAUCACAUAUCAUCUUAUUGGAUUUUUUAGUUAUCAAAUAUACGUGUUUGAACUAGCAAUGAUAGAAUGAAUUUUAAAUAACAUAUCGUUGUACAUAAUUUUAGGUUUUGAAUAUACGCGUUGAUAUGAUCGAAUGAAUUAUAUAUCAUCUUAUUGAAAUUUUGGGUUAUUAAAUAUACGCUUCAAACUAGCAAAAUAUAA